AAGUAACCGAUCAGCUGGUCAAACGUUGAAGUGGAAAAUACAGGAAUUUUCCUACUCAUGGUCGUGGGAUACUCCACCACACCAACUUAAUUAUAUAUACACAGCUAGCUAUCUCCUCUUCAACACCAACACAUAGCACAACUAGAUUACUACUAGAGUUCAGUUCAGACCUUGGAUCACACGCGCACACACAAGCUAGUAGUAGAGUACUACAAGAUGGCCGGAGGCGGAGAAGAAGAGGCGAAGCUGCUGGGCACGUGGGCGAGCCCGUUCGUCCUGCGAGCGCAGCUUGCGCUCAGCUUCAAGGGCGUGAGCUUCGAGAACGUCAACGAGGACCUCUGCAACAAGAGCGACCUCCUCCUGCGCUCCAACCCCGUGCACAAGGCGGUGCCCGUGCUCAUCCACAACGGCAGGCCCGUCUGCGAGUCGCUGGUCAUCCUGCAGUACGUCGACGAGGCCUUUGGCGGGCCGCCCCUCCUCCCCGCCGACCCCUACGAACGCGCCAUCGCCCGCUUCUGGGCAGCUUUCAUCAUGGACAAGCUGGUGGCGCCAUGGCAAAAGGUGUUCACGACUAAGAUCGAGGAGGAGAAGGCCGAGUGGAUGGAGCAGACGCUGGCGGCGGUGGAUGUCCUGGAGGGGGGCCUGAAGGAGUGCUCCAAGGGUGGGAGCUUCUUCGGCGGCGACAACGUCGGGUACGUUGACGUCGUGCUGGGUGGGGCUGUGCCGUGGAUCUAUGGGACGGAGGCGCUCUGCGGUACGAGGCUCUUCGAUACCAGUAGGGUCCCGCUCCUGGCAGCGUGGUUGGAGCGCUUCGGCGCGCUGGACGUGGCCAAGGCUGUCAUGGCGGACGUCCCGACGAGGCUGGUCGAGCUCGCCAAGAUGAAGCGGGCGGAGGCCGCGGCCGCAGCCGCGGCCGGAGCAGCAGCAUCAUUGCCAUUUGAUUGUUAACACCUGAAGAAAGAUAAAUAAUUGGAUGAUUGUUUGUUGUAAAAUAAAUAAUAUGAUAUAUUUGUACUGUAAUUCACUCUUUAUUUUGGUAAUUUCUUUGACUCUAUCCUAUUUCAGUCAA